AUAAUCCAUCCAUCCAUCCAUCAGUAAUCCAUCCAUCAUUCAUCCAUCCAUAAUCCAUCCAUCAUUCAUCCAUCUAUAAUCCAUCCAUCAUCCAUCCACCCAUCCAUCCAUCUGUAAUCCAUCCAUCAUCAGCUGUGGAGGUAGUCCCGCCCCCUCGUCCUCUGGUCCCGCCUCCUGUCCUUCCAUUGGGCCGCUGGAGGCUCCGGGCUGCGGGGAGCAGCGCUGCGGCUCUCAGACUCUCAGCGGCGGAGCGCAGCGUGAUCCGUCGGGCAGCUCAGCGGGACUCGGCGGGCCCAUCAGCGGAAUCUUUCCCCUGCAGCCACCGGAGCACCGAGCGAUGCCCGAACCGGCACCGGAGCGCGUGGCGGCGGACUGAUCCGCGGCUCCGCGUCCUGCUCCUCGGCGCACCUGCUGCGGCGCGUCGGGAUCCGGUCCGGGCUUCCGUGGAGGGAUGUGGCGAUGCUGUGCACACGGAGAACUAAAACUUUGGUGUCCACCUGCGUGAUCCUGAGCGGGAUGACCAACAUCGUGUGUCUCCUGUACGUCGGAUGGAUCACCAACUACGUGGCCAACACCGGGGGGAAAGUUACCGAGAGCGGCGGAGGCGGCGGCGGGGAGGACCGAAAGUUGGAGGAGGACGGGAAAGGAGAGACGCUGAGGAUUAUUGAGAGGCUGGAGAGGCUGGAGAGCGUCGUGAACGAGCACAUUAAAGACACGCCUCAGAAGGACGGUGAUGACGCUUCGUCCUCGUCAGACUCCACCUCUGACUCCGCCUCCUCGCUGUUCAGCCACUGGGGUCGUGAUCUUGGACCGGAGAGCCGGAGGGCAGCGCUCAGGAAGUUCCGUUACUACGGAUACAACGGUUACCUUAGCGACCGCAUCUCCCUCACCAGACCGAUACCAGACCUUCGGCCCGACGGGUGCAGGAACAUGUCGUACUCUCCAGACCUUCCUCAGCUCAGCGUCAUCUUCAUCUUCGUCAACGAGGCGUUGUCGGUUCUUCUCCGGUCCGUCCACACGGCGAUCCAGAGGACACCGAGGAAGCUGCUGAGAGAGAUCAUCCUGGUGGACGACCACAGCAGCAGCCUGGAGCUGAAGGAUCACCUGCAGAGCUUCGUGGAUGAGACCAACUCUCAGCAUGGUCGUGGUUUCAUCAAGGUGGUCCGACACGACAAACAGGAAGGUCUGAUCCGGUCCAGAGUGAGCGGCUGGAGGGCGGCUUCAGCUCCGGUGGUUGCUCUGUUCGACGCCCACGUGGAGUUCAACACGGGAUGGGCGGAACCGAUCCUGCAGCGAAUAAAGGAGGACCGGACUCGAGUUGUGUCUCCGUCCUUCGACAACAUCAAGUACGACACCUUUGAGAUUGAGGAGUACCCGCUGUCUGCUCAGGGCUUCGACUGGGAGCUGUGGUGUCGCUACCUGAACCCGCCCAAGUCCUGGUGGACGCAACGCAACCACACUGCUCCUAUCAGGAGCCCCGCUCUGAUUGGCUGCUUCGUGGUGGACAGGAAGUACUUUGAGGAAAUCGGUCUGCUGGACGAAGGGAUGGAGAUCUACGGCGGAGAAAACGUGGAGCUGGGCAUCAGGGUGUGGCAGUGUGGCGGCAGCGUGGAGGUGCUUCCCUGCUCCCGGAUCGCCCACAUCGAGCGCGCUCACAAGCCCUACACCGAGAACCUGACGGCCCACGUGAGGCGGAACGCUCUGCGGGUCGCCGAGGUCUGGAUGGAUCAGUACCGGAGCCACGUGUUCAUGGCCUGGAACGUUCCUCUGCAGAACUCGGGCAUCGACAUCGGAGACGUCUCGGAGAGGAAGGCUCUUCGCUCCAGGUUGAAGUGUCGUCCGUUCAGCUGGUUCCUGUCCAACAUUUACCCGGAGCUCCGUUCGUACGGCGACACGGCGGCCUACGGAGUGCUGAAGAACAGCCUGAGGGAGGAUCUGUGUUUGGACCAGGGUCCUGACACUGACAACAUUCCCAUCAUGUACCUCUGCCACGGCAUGACGCCUCAGCAGAACGUCUACUACACCAGCUCCCAGCAGCUCCACCUCGGCGUCCUGAGUCCCACCAUCGACGACGACGACAACAAGUGUCUUGUGGACGUCAACAGUCGACCAAGGCUGCUGGAGUGUAGCUACGCUGCCGCCAAGCACAUGAAGCUCACCUGGACCUUCACUCAGGUGAGCUUCAGACGGACAGGUUGGAGGGUAGAUGUAGUACUAGUGAGUAGAUGUAGUGUUAGAGGGUAAAUGUAGUGUUAGAGG